GUUGGCAGUGUGCGCUCAGACGCAUAGACGCAAGUAUCCCACUGGCUGGAGUUGGAGGACACCCGGCUGCUCCCGCUCCUGCUGCUGAUCUCUUGUCUUGUUUUAGUCUCCCAGCGGUGAGAAGACCAGCCCGCACGGGAAGGAGAGAGAAAGAAGAGAAGCUGUACUUUUUUUUUUUUGAGUCAGAGAAACUGUGCGGAAUCGGGACCCGCGGACACUUUUUUUCUUUCUUUCUUUCUUUCUUUAAAGAGGAGGGAUUGUUAAUCGACGAGACGGCUGAUCUGUUUCUGUUCCGUGCACACUCCCGCACAACCGCACACAGGCACACACGCACACUCUCUUUCAAUGGAUUUCAAAAGCGUGGAAGUUACCCACUGGGAAUUAAACUAAGUUGCUUUUCGGGUUCGGCGCUUUUCUUUCUCGUAAAGGCUUUAUGUUUGACGCGGAGACGAAGACGAUGAUUCUCGCACUCUUAUACGUGCUCCUGCCUCUUUUGGAUGUAUGGUGUUACGCAGAGGAGAGUCUGCGCGCCGGUGCCAGUACCCGCAUGGACUGCGUAAGAGCCAGCGAGCAGUGUCUGAAGGAGCAGGCGUGCAGCACCAAGUAUCGCACCAUGAGGCAGUGCGUGACCGGAGGGAAGGAGAGCAACUUCAGCAUGGUGGCCGGCCUGGAGGCCAAGGACGAGUGCCGGAGCGCCAUGGACGCGCUCAAACAGAGUCCGCUGUACAACUGCAGGUGUAAACGCGGCAUGAAGAAGGAGAAGAACUGUCUGCGCAUUUACUGGGGGAUCUAUCAGACAUUACAGGGUAAUGAUUUCCUGGAGGAUUCCCCAUAUGAACCCGUGAACAGUCGCCUGUCCGACAUUUUCCGCUUGGCUCCCAUCUUAGAGGGUGGGGAACCUUGGAGUAGCUCUGCGUCGUCAGCUCCAGGCAGGGGGGGCACCCAGGGUAGAGAGCCCACUCUGAGCCAUAGGAGCCCCUCCUCCACAGAACAUCGGGAUCCCAGUAGAAACAGGAGAGCUCAUCCCAAUUGGGCCAUACCGGGUGAGCCAGCAGUGGCCCGAGAGAACAACUGUCUGAACGCCGCCAAGGCCUGCAACCUCAAUGACACGUGCAAGAAGUACCGCUCGGCGUACAUCAGCCCCUGCACCAGUCGCGUCUCCACCGCCGAAAUCUGCAACAAGAGGAAGUGUCACAAGGCCCUGCGGCAGUUCUUUGACAAGGUUCCACCAAAGCACAGCUAUGGCAUGCUGUACUGCUCCUGUCCACUCAGCGACCAGACGGCGUGCUCGGAGCGCCGGCGUCAGACCAUCGUACCCGUCUGCUCGUAUGAAGAGAAGCAGAAACCCAACUGUCUGGAGCUGCAGGGCUCCUGCAAGACCAACUACAUCUGCAAGUCACGUCUGGCUGACUUCUUUGUCAACUGCCAACCAGAGCCUCGCUCGCUGUCAGGCUGCCUGAAGGAGAACUAUGCAGACUGCCUCCUCGCAUACUCAGGCCUGAUCGGUACAGUGAUGACUCCCAACUACCUGCGCUCUCCCAACAUCAGCGUCUCCCCGUACUGCGACUGCAGCAACAGCGGCAACAACAAGGACGAGUGCGACAAGUUCAGAGAGUUUUUCACGGAGAACACCUGCCUCCGUAAUGCCAUCCAAGCCUUUGGAAAUGGGACCGACGUGGGCGUGUGGCAGCCGUUGUCACCCGUCCAGACCACCACCUCCACCACCACUCACUACCAGAAGAACCGCGAGCGCAGCCCCAACAUCAUUGACAACCAAAUCAACACAGACCCGGGAAUCUAUCACUUCUGUGGGAGCCUACAGGCUCAGAAACUGAAGUCAAACUCAACGGUUGAUGGCGUCUUCUGUGUGGACCCUCAGAUAGACAGUCCAAGUACAUCCAACGCCAUUGUGAAGAACUCGUCCCCCUCCAGACAGCCUGCAGGCCUGGCUUCUCUGCUGCUCCCGCUGGUCUGGCUGUGGUACUGCAGCCUCCCGACACUCCUCUCACUGGGCGACUUGUAGCCUCAGCGCUUUACAGCAAAAAAAGCUACAGUGGACUGACAAACACACAUUUGUAUAAAAGAAGAUGCAAAGAAAUGAUCAGCUUUUUCUCUCAGUAAUAACUGUUGUACUUUAAUUUCCCUCUGGAAUCUGUCUCUAUUUUGAUUUGUACGUAGAUUUUUUUUUGUUUGUUUUUUAUUGUUCUCUCUUUCUUUUCGUAGUUUAUUUUUUGCAGCUUUGUGCUAAAACAGUGAUCUACUAUAUCUACUCAGUUUGGCUGUGUGUUACCGUUCUCUUCGUUGAUUAAGAAAAAUGGAUCAUUCAAAGCUUUCAUGUCGUUCGCUUGGGCUGAAAGGACAAAGCACUCGAGGAUCACAUUCCAGUAAACCGCAGCUGGUGGCUCUUGGAUCCAUUCCCACAAUGUAAAUGAACAAUGAUUUCUGUUUCUUCUUUGUGAGUUUCACCCACGUCUGUUUGUGUGUUGAGGCUAUCGGUGGAAUCUUUCGCUUAAAAGUCACAGUCGGUUCAGUCACGGCUACGUUUCAUCGCACGGGCAGCCUGUCAGGUGUCAAUCACGCUCUCCUGUGCUCUGUGUUUGCUUCAUAAUGACGUGAUCAGGCAUUUUUAUGAGCUGAUGUGGAUAUUUACCCGCAGAAAAUAAACAUACAA